AUGCCCGCCGCCAUUGGUGGCUACGAAAUCUUUCACUAUGUGACUGAUGCCGUCCUCUUCGUCACCCUCGUCGCCUCGAUAAGCUUCACAAUCUGCGCCGCCAUCCGUCUGCGUCGCCGUCGCGACCAAGCACGCAGAUUCUUCUCCUGGGUCAAGAUAUCAUGGCUCAUAUACACCAUCGCCGUCUUCAUGAGCCUUCUCGAAAUGGCCACCGUCACCCUAACAUCCCGCAUCUUUCGGACAACUUACACCUCCGACGGCGACUUACCAGAUGAUCAGGUUGACUUGGUUGCUCGCAUAGCCACUGGUGCCUCGGCACUUUGCCAUUGCUUCAACGUCUUUGCUGAGGUCCUCGUCUUUCUCACUCUCGCCAGCUUCAUCCGAUGCAUUCGCCUUAUCGGUCCCCGCGACGACAAGCACCCUCGUCGUCACAAGUGGUCUCGAUACUGCUCCUAUGGUAUUGCUUUUGGCAUCACCAUCCUAUCUCUUGCCGUUUUCAGUGUUGGCAUCUAUUGGAUUGUCCUGUCGGAAAUCUCAUCCUCCAGCAGCGGUAUUGCCUGGGAUAGAUACUACGGAAACUACAUCUCCGCCGCGAGUAUCAUGUCUCUAUUCUGCGAGUCUCUCCUUGCCUUUCUCGCUAUAUCCAUGCUCAUACGAUCUUGCAUCCUGCGGCGCAAACUUCGCACUACAAAGUCGCUGCACAAGCCUUUGAGAUAUCUCAUCGCUUGCUGCAGCCUCUGGGUCGUGCGUGCUUGCUUUGAUAUCUACUGCAUCGUCUUUGAGACCGUUGCUCCCGACUAUUUUGCUCCAUCAGUCGACGCUGCAACCAGCUUCAACGAAAUAUUAGUCGUCGUCUUCAUGACGUGGCCUCUUUUCAUUAUCCUCGUUAUUUUCUAUUAUCUCGGUCUAGACAGAAAGAACGGACUCUCGUCUACUGCCAGUCCCCUGCUCAGGGAAGACGGCGAAAGCCAUGUAGCUUCCUCGGAAUUCUCAUCGUCAGAACAGCCGAGUAUCACGCCGAUUAUCACGCCAAUGAGCGAGCGAGCCAAUGCUCCAGCUUUGACGCCCGUGGCUCCACGCCCUGAGAGCUUGUUCGCCUGCGACGGUGUCAUUGAUGCACCUCCCGAAUACUCGCCGCCAGCUGCCCAACCAGCCGUCUCUGGUAUCGCAGCUCCUCUUUCGACUCAGACGCCCAUUAUCAGAAGCCCUGUCCCCCGUUCUGCUUCACAGUUGACGGUUGAACCGGUACGAUCAUCUGAGGAGGAGUUACAUGCAGUGUCGACUCAUCAGUCCGAUAUCGCAUCACAGCGGGCCGCCAUCUCCCCCCCGGUCGACAAUGCGCUGCAAGCAACACAAACGCCACACCAUCACAGUCUAGAAGAGCACGUACCGCAAACAAGCAGUGCUUCAGCAGCGGAAGAGGAUGAGUCCAUGGGCCUCUACCAUCAAGCAGAUGGCCGCACUCCAGAAUCGGAAAUGUCCAAUCCAUUGCCGUCUCAUGACGAAGCCAUGGGCUUAUAUCACCAAGCCGAUGGCCGGCCUCCAACAUCCGAAGCCAGUCUUUCAAACAUGCUUCCUUCACACGAAGAGACCAUGGGUUUAUUUCAUCAGGCGGAUGGCAGGCCACCAGGAACUGGCAACAGUGUUGUGCCACCAGCCAGCUCGAACCCCGUCAUGUUCCAGCCCACUGGGGAUAGACCGGAAUCAAUGACCGCCCCUCCCUCGCACGAUGAAGCUAUGGGCUUGUAUCACCAGGCGGACGGUAGAGUGCCCCAGUCGGAAGUGCUGCCGCCAGAGAAGGAGACACAGAAGAAGUAA